AUGACUCACAGCAGCAAACCUGACCCCGCCGCUGACGCCAUCGUGGACGAGGCCAGAAUGAGACUCAAAAUGGACAUUUUCCUCAUUCCUCUCGUCAGUCUAAUCUAUUUACUAUCGUUUAUUGACCGAUCUAAUAUUGGCAAUGCUGCCAUCGCGGGCAUGCUAAACGACUUGGACAUGCAUGGCUUUGACCUGAAUGUCUCAUUGACCAUAUUUUUCAUAUCCUAUAUUCUGUUUGAGAUUCCUGCUAACCUCUUGUGCAAAUGGAUUGGCCCUGGGAGGUUUCUCCCGGGGGCUAUUCUUGGCUUCGGGGUUCUCACCAUCUGCACAGGACUAGUGCAUUCCUUUUCUGCCCUGUGCGGCGUUCGGUUCCUACUCGGAAUCUUUGAGGCUGGCAUUAUGCCUGCCCUUGUCUAUUUUCUGUCGCGCUGGUAUACACACAGUGAAUUGACUUUUCGAGUGUCACUUUUCAUCAUCUCAGCAUCACUCGCUGGGGCCUUUGGGGGCCUUCUUGCGUCUGCUAUCCUGUCGAUACCGCAUCUCGGUAGUUUGUACUCUUGGAGAUUGAUAUUUGUCAUUGAAGGCUUGGCAUCAUGCGUGCUGGGAAUCAUUUCCUUCUUCACGCUGCCCGAUCGACCGGAAACCGCCAUCUGGCUUUCUGCUGAAGAAAAAGUCUUGGCCAAGGCCAGGCUAGAUGCAGAAAGAUACGCUACCGACGAAUCGGCUUCCACAUUCAGCUGGGCCAAGGUGCGAUUGGGCAUCUUUAAUCCCGUUGUUCUUGCGACCACUGCGAUUUUCCUACUCAACAGCAUCACCGUGUAUGGCAGCUCCUUCUUUCUUCCGACAAUUGUUAAAACCAUUUUUCCGGAGAAGUCAGUCCGCAUGCAGCAGCUCCUUACUGUUCCACCAUAUUUUGUCGGUGCAAUAGCUUGCGCACUGACAAGCUUCUGGAGUUGGAAAGCACAGCGGCGCAUUGUCUUUAUGAUCUUCUGUGCGCCAUUGACUGUUGUUGGAUACAUCAUGUUCUUGGCGACGACUAAUCAGCAUGUCCGCUAUGGGGCAACAUUUUUGCCCUUUCUCGGCAUCUUUACGUACGGAGCGUUGACCAACUCCCACGUCGCCGCCAAUGUUGCGUCAGAUACAGCCAGGACAGCCGCCAUUGCCGUCAACGUGAUGGGUUGUAACAUUGGUGGCCUAGUGUCGGCAUGGGCAUAUCUGCCUUUUGACUCACCCAACUACAGAAUUGGUAAUGGACUGAAUCUGGCUGCACAAGCAGCGAUGAUUGUCAUUGCGACGUGCCUCCAUUAUUGGACCGAGUACGACAAUAAGCGACGGGACCAGCGACAGGCAACAGACCCAGAAGACAUUGGUACACCAAACAUGGACACAUUAGACUGGAAACACCCCGAUUUCAGAUGGCGCAAAUAA